AGCCCGGGUUCGACUCGGCCGGGGGGAAGGGAAGGGGUGGGUCCUGUGACGUCAGCGAGUCCGAACGGCCGGAGCUAAGCUAGGGGCCCGGGCGUGGAUCCUAAGAGCGGGAUCCGGAAAGCUGAACCAGAACCGAGCAGGGAGAAGAGUGCGCGACAGGAGCCGGCCCCGAACCGAAUCCCUCAGGCACCUGCUCGACCGUUCAGCCGAUCGGCGCACGCACAGUGGCCCGCAGGCCCCCGCCCCGGCCCAGUCCGCUCCCGGGCCCCCCAUGGCCCGGGUCGCAGUCCUCCCGCCGUCAAGAUUGUCGCCGACACUGCCGCUGCUGCUGCUGCUGCUGCUGCUUCUUCAGGAAACAGCGCUGGGAAUGGAACCCAGAGUCUCUCACAUGCCAGGCGCCCAGGAUGUGCGGGUUCAGGUGCUCCCAGAGGUGCGGGGCCGCCUGGGGGGCACCGUGGAUCUGCCGUGCCUCCUGCUGCCACGCACCUCGGAAGUGCGCAUCUCACAGGUGACCUGGCAGCGCCUGGACGCGGCGGCCGUGGCUGCCAUCCACCCCUCCUACGGCAUCGACUACCCCAGCCCGAAGUCCAACAAGGAGCGACUGUCCUUUGUCAGAGCUGGACAAGGCACAAAGACAGACCUGUGGGACGCCACGCUGGCCUUCCAGGGACUGAUGGUGGAGGACGAGGGCAACUAUACCUGCGAGUUUGCCACCUUCCCUAACGGCACGCGCCGGGGGGUGACCUGGCUGAGGAUCAUAGCUCAGCCCCAGAACCACGCUGAAGCCCAGGAGGUCACGUUCAGCCUGGAGCCCAUGCCCGUGGCCCGCUGCGUGUCCACAGGGGGCCGCCCGCCUGCCCGGAUCACCUGGAUCUCCACCCUGGACGGGGAGGCCAGAGAAAGCCAGGAGUCGGGGCCCAUACCAGGCACAGUCACGGUCACCAGCCGCUACACUUCGGUGCCCUUGGGCCAAGUGGAUGGGGUCAAGGUCACUUGUAAAGUGGAGCACGAGAGCUUCGAGGAGCCGGUUCUGCUGCCCGUGACGCUCUCCGUGCGCUAUCCCCCCGAGGUCUCCAUCUCUGGCUACGAUGACAACUGGUACCUUGGCCGUAGUGAGGCCACCCUGAUGUGCAAUGUUCGCAGCAACCCAGAGCCCACAGGCUACGAUUGGAGCACGAUUUCAGGCGUCUUCCCAGCCUCAGCUGUCGUCCAGGGCCCCCAGCUACUGGUCCACUCAGUGGACCGACUGGUCAAUACCACCUUCAUCUGCACCGUCACCAAUGCUGUGGGCACAGGUCGCGCCGAGCAGCUCGUCUUGGUCCGAGACACCCCCCAGGCCUCUUCCCGAGACACGGGUCCCCUGGUGUGGGGGGCUGUGGGGGGGACACUGCUGGUCCUGCUGCUUCUGGCUGGGGGAUCCUUGGCCUUCAUCCUGCUGAGGGUGAAGAGAAGGAAGAGCCCGGGAGGCAGCGGUGGAGACAGGGGAUCCUACGAUCCGAAAACUCAGGUGUUUGGGAAUGGGGGCCCCGUCUUCUGGACGCCAACAUCCCCGGGUCCCAUGAGGUCAGAUGGCAAGGACGAGGAGGAAGAGGAGGACGAGGAGGCGGAGGCGGAGGAGGGCCUCAUGUUGCCCCCGUCCCCAGCGCUCAAGGACGACAUGGAGUCCCAGCUGGACGGCUCCCUCAUCUCGCGGAGGGCGGUUUAUGUGUGACCCAGAGACGGAGGGACAGAGACAGCCUCCCAGCAGCUGCCAGCCAGGGCUGCAGACCGGCUGGACUUGUCUGGCUGGCUGACCUGGAUUUGAGACGCUACCUCCCGCUUUCCAGGGUUGGAGGGAAGGUGGAAUCUCGCACUGGACGCCCCCUUUCUCCAGGGCUGCAGGGGGAGGGGCGGCCCUGGGAGCCGAGUGACGGGGACUCAGAGAGACCCCUCAGAGACUUGCUCUUGGCCCUAGCCGGCCCCUGGCCCCAUGACACUCAGGAGUUAAUAAAUGCCUUGGAGGAAAACUUCAGGGGUGUCUUGUAGUACAUUAGACCCCCUCUUUGGGUCCCGUGGAAAGAGUGGGUGGGUCAGGGACUACCCAGUCCCAGGGGUUGGAAAGAACUGAACUGGGCCCCCAAGGGGGCAGCCUGUGGGGGCUCAGACCACUUGGGUGCCCAGGACUCCUGGAGCGAGUGGGACUAGGAAUUGGGUCACUGGCUGGGGCUUAGAGGCUGGAGCGUUGGGACUCCUGGGUCCCAGGACAGAGGCGGGGUGACCACACUGGCUGGAGGCCUGAGUUCACCAGGGGAGUGAGGCUGGGCACCUGGACUCCUGGGCCCUUGUGGGCGGGGGGCUGGCAGGAGCCAGGGUGCCAGUGUUCCGGGUUUGGAGAGGAUGUGCGGGCAGAGGGCUCCGGUCUCACCCGCCGCAGGCAGCCCAGCCCAGACCCCUCUAGGUAGCUGAGGACCUUGAGAAGGGAGGGCCACUUGGCCCCUGUUUUGGCAUCCUUGAGGUUACAGGGCAGGUGUGGGUCUGGGAGCCCAGGAAGGCCCACCCCCUGCCCUCCCAGUGGCCCUUAACGGGCCUUCCUCCACCCUUGCUCCAGGGCGCGACCUCAGGGGAGUCUCGGGGAUUCAAGGUGGCGUCCCUCCCGCUCCCCCAAGUAGAAAAGUCCCGGAGCUGCCAGGCUCAACCGGAGGAGAAGGGCAGACUUUAACCCUGGCGCUCAGCUCCAGAGCCUCUGUGGCCCCCGGGAAAAGGGGGCCGGCGUCCAAAUCUGCCUCCCAAGACUUUCGUGAGAUCCAGCGAGGACACACGCAGGACACCUUCUCAGGGCUGACAGCCAGCUGGGGACCCACCGAGCAUUCCUGGGCUCGCGUGGACGCCGCGGACUCUGCAGAGCCUGUGCCGGGUGCGCUGGAGGCACGUGGAGGCCUAGACGCGCCUAGCCCACCCUCCCCGGGGGCACGGUGGGCGAAGACAGAAGAGCCAACUGGGGU